GGGUAGUGGUUAGGGUGCCACUGCCAAUUAAGUGUUUGGGAACAGGUUAUUACUUUCAUUAAACACAUCAACAAAUCACCAGAGGAUAAUAAUUCACGGGCCUGGGUCAGAGGUCAGAGGCCGGCAGUCUACAAUGGUACUGAAUGGUAUUGAAAAGGUCAGACUACUGUCAGACUGUCAGACUACUGGUACUGAAUGGUAUUGAAAAGGUAACUGUUAAACUACUGGUACUGAAUGGUAUUGGAAAGGUGACUGUCAGACUACUGGUACUGAAUGGUAUUGGAAAGGUAACUGUCAGACUACUGGUACUGAAUGGUAUUGAAAAGGUAACUGUCAGACUACUGGUACUGAGCGGUAUUGAAAAGGUAACUGUCAGACUACUGGUACUGAACCGUAUUGAAAAGGUAAAUGUUAAACUACUGGUACUGAACCGUAUUGAAAAGGUAACUGUCAGACUACUGGUACUGAAUGGUAUUGAAAAGGUAACUGUUAAACUACUGGUACUGAAUGGUAUUGGAAAGGUAACUGUCAGACUACUGGUACUGAAUGGUAUUGAAAAGGUAACUGUCAGACUACUGGUACUGAAUGGUAUUGAAAAGGUAACUGUCAGACUACUGGUACUGAGCGGUAUUGAAAAGGUAACUGUCAGACUACUGGUACUGAACCGUAUUGAAAAGGUAACUGUCAGACUACUGGUACUGAAUGGUAUUGAAAAGGUAACUGUCAGACUACUGGUACUGAAUGGUAUUGAAAAGGUAACUGUUAAACUACUGGUACUGAAUGAUAUUGAAAAGGUAACUGUCAGACUACUGGUACUGAAUGGUAUUGAAAAGGUAACUGUCAGACUACUGGUACUGAGCGGUAUUGAAAAGGUAACUGUCAGACUACUGGUACUGAAUGGUAUUGAAAAGGUAACUGUCAGACUACUGGUACUGAGCCAUAUUGAAAAGGUAACUGUUAGACUACUGGUACUGAAUGGUAUUGGAAAGGUAACUGUCAGACUACUGGUACUGAAUGGUAUUGAAAAGGUGACUGUUAGACUACUGGUACUGAAUGGUAUUGAAAAGGUAACUGUCAGACUACUGGUACUGAACCAUAUUGGAAAGGUGACUGUUAGACUACUGGUACUGAACCGUAUUGAAAAGAUUUAA